GCGCACCUCCCGUUCGGUCAAGUGCAUCAGGCUGUUAUUUCAUGACUGAAGCCCGGAGUCGGUGAAGAUGGCGAUGUGUGCAGCGCUCCGAUGCGUUUCGGCAAACUUUUCAGCAGCAUUGCCCCUGCUCGCGAGACCUCCACAUAUUUGGACCUGCCAAAAUUCGCUAAAACCAAACGUUUUCAGGACGCUUUCCACGAGCUCGCGGCUUUCGGGAGCUCUGAAGUUUACAGACAAACACGAAUGGGUGCGAGUGGAGGGCAGCGUGGGCACAGUUGGCAUCAGCAAUUUUGCUCAGGAAGCGUUAGGUGAUGUUGUGUACUGUGGGCUUCCAGAAGUGGGAACAAAGCUUGAUCAAAUGGAGGAGUUCGGGGCUUUAGAAAGUGUCAAAGCUGCUAGCGAGUUGUAUUCUCCAUUGACUGGAGAAGUGACAGCAAUCAACACAGAGCUGACAGAAAACCCCGCACUAGUAAAUAAAGCCUGCUAUGAAGGCGGCUGGUUAAUUAAAAUGACCAUAGAGAAACCUGCAGAACUUGAUGAACUCAUGGAUGAAGCUGCUUACGAAAAAUUCAUCAAAUCCCUCGAUUCGUAAACCUUUUUUUUUUAUCAUGGAUGAUGAAGCCUUUAAGAUGGCCGCUUUAGAAACCUGAUGUUAGAUUGAGUACUAAUCCGAUUCUUUCCGAUCUAUUUAUUUUGAUUUUUGUAAUUGUUUUUCUCUCUCUCCACCAAAAUAAUAUUUGGUAAUGUGUUCUGUAGAUUAACAGACUUUGCAGUCAAAAGCCAAACAUUUCUAAGGGCUUUUGGGGACAGUUUGAGGUGCUUUAUAUGGACUCAAACCAAGAGAGGGCUGGCUCUGCUGAUUGUCUUCAAUAUAUAUAUAUAUUUUUAGUUAUUAUUUGUUGAUAUUAAUAAUGUGUGAGGCUAAAGUAAUAUGACAUGCAAUAAAAACAACAAUGUAGCAUUUUGA